AUGGAAGUAAAGUCUCGGAAGGAGAAUCGCGAGAAGCCUCAGUCCGGUGGGAAUAUGAUGGUGACGACAUUGUCAAACGGAACUACACCGGACCAUCAAGAAAUUCGACGGGUAUCGCAACAACUGUACAUACCAUCGGGAUCAAGUAUACCUAUUGGAAAGGCUGAUAUGGCACUCGCAAGCCCGAAUCACCAUGAACCUUGCAUUUCGACUGUGACUUACGGGAGUGGUGGGUGCGCCGUGCGCAAAUCGCCAACGGAUAUGCACAACGAAGAGGACGGACGGCAAAUUGGGGAAAAGGGUGCAAAAAGAGUCAGGAACUGCACUCCCGUGUCAUCCAGAGACGUCUGCGAAGAAGACAAACUGCAUCAGUCUAGCCCCAGAGUGCGUCUUACGUCAUUCUUGAGCGGGCAGGCUCCUGUUGAUCCCGCAGAAUAG